AUGACUACGGGAGAGGAGGAUGUCAUCCUCGAUACAUUGGACCUACUUGAGUGGCGUAUGCGGAGGGUCCAAUUUGUUCUUGAUGGAGACCUGAGCUUGCCAACAGGGUGGCAGAAAGAUGUCCCAAUCCUCAAGAGAGUGCAGAAGCUCGAGCACGCUCUUCGCCGGCUCACGGAGCAGUCAGGCCCAGUUUAUGAGAUCUUGAAGCUUUACUCACGAUACCCAGAGUUGUUUCAAGAUGCCAAAGAGAAAGAUCUUGCACCUGAGUUGGACAUUCAGCAAAAGCUCGCCCUGGUGGAACUAGAAGCUCCUAAGUUUCAUGCUACAGCGUCCCAGCUGACAUCGCUUUCUGACGUGCCUCUCCCGCCGCUGAAGUCUUUCGCAUCGUUGGUGUCGCUUGAACCACGCAUUGCACAAAUCGAACAACGCCAAUUGGAACAAGCCAGGGAGAUAUCUGAGCUACAAAAAAGAAGUGGCAUUCUGGUGUACCGCUGGAACGAAACACUUGUACUUAGCCAAGGACGAUGUUGGGUCGAAUAUGACAAGCGACUGCGACAAGCCGAGCGAUCUGUGCGCCGUAAAGAGAUCAGGAAAUCAGCUUGA